AUGGCACCAAUCAUCACAGCUGCCCAUCACCACCGCAGCACCACCAAGGUCGACCAUAAACCCUUCAAGUCCCGGUUCGCGUCGAAGAGUGCCUUGAAAGACAGAGCAAAGGGCAAAACAGAAUCAAGCAAACCCGUUAAGGGAGAGAGGAAGACGCCACAUCAGCAGGUCAUGUCGAAGUUGGCUAGGCGCAACCAGGCCAAGCAACUGCGUAUAAACCACAAGGACAAGCGGGAGGGAGAAGAACAUAUUUUCCAGGGCGCAGAUGGGGCGGCGAAGCAUAUCGCUGUCGUACCAUUGUCAAGUGAGAUCGACAUAUACUCGGUAAUCAGCGCUCUGAACGACAGCGUCGACGUGCCCCGGCCCGAUCAACCCACCAACCCGGUCCCUGUACGCGUCGAUCGAUUUCGUCGCAAUCUCCUGUACCUGCCUGCGAAAUUCGACCUGCUCAAUGCAUUGGAUGUCUGCAAGCUGGCUGACUGGGUGGUAUUUGUGCUUGAUGCAGAGCAGACGUACGGUCAAGAGGAGGAUCUAUUUUUGAAGGCUCUCGAAGGUCAAGGCAUCACCAAUGUCACCGCCGUAGUGACCAAUUUGGAUAGGAAAGUUGCGGCGCCGAAGCGAAUGCGGCAUUUGACCGACAUGAACAUUGCCCUUGGCCGUUACUUUCCCGCUUUGGACAAGCUUUCAAGCCUCGAUAGCAAAUCUGACUGCUCGAAUCUGGUCCGGCGGCUGUGCACAGCCUCUACUCGAGGGAUCAGAUGGCGGGAUGACAGAAGUUGGAUGCUGAUCGAGAAUGUCAAUUGGGGUCCUCCAGCCGAUGGAGCAACCACCGCUGAUGUGACACUGUACGGUACGAUCCGAGGCAAGUCGCUGAACCUUGAUCGCCUAGUCCACAUCCCGGGUUGGGGAGAUUUUCAGAUCUCCUCAGUCCGACAACUGUCACGAUCCGGCCCAAAAAGAAAGGCCGACGAGAUGGACGCAGAGGAGCCGAUCAAAGAAUGGACACCAACCGCCAAUCAAGAUGAUCUUGCGGAGCUUGCCCCAGAAACAGCAGAGAUGCAGGACGUGGCGAGUACGGCAGCGACAAGCGAGCACAAGGGUGUUCUACUCGAUGACCACCAUUACUUCUCCGACGACAACUCACAUAUUCCUCCUCCACCGAAGAAACUACCAGACGGGACCUCGAGUUACCAAGCCGCCUGGUACCUGGACGACGUGUCAGACUCGGAUUCAGACAUCCUGGACGACGAGGACCGAGAUGGCGACGUUGCAAUGGACGCUGAGGCAGAUUCGACAAGAAGCGAUGGUCAAGACAAAGACAUGCAUCUCACUAACGCCGAAGACGGCGAUAUGACGGAAGCACAACAAUCAGAGUAUCCCGCAUCGGAGAUGAACGUGGACGACGCACCGCUCGACGCGGCAGAAGAAGCGCGCCAACUCGAAGAAUUCCGCGCCACCCGCAAGAAACAAGCCGAAGAAGACCUGGAGUUCCCCGACGAAAUCGAACUACCGCCCGACGUGCUCGCCCGGGAGCGCCUCGCCAAGUAUCGCGGCCUCAAGAGCCUGCGGACGAGCGAGUGGAACCACGCAGAAGACAUCCCCCACCAGCCGCAAGAAUACACCCGCCUGCUCCAAGUGCCUGAAUACAAGAAAUCAUAUAACUCCGUCCUGAAGGAGACCCUCGCCGGGGACGUCCUGGCCGGCACCAAAGUCGAGAUCCACCUCCGCGACGUGCCCGUGUCGUUACAAUCCAGCGCAUCGGCCCCAUCGUCCAUGUUCUCUCUCCUCCGCCACGAGCACAAGCACGCCGUCAUCAACCUCACCAUGACACUGCACUCGGAUAUCGACCAGCCUCUGAAGUCCAAGGACGAAGUGAUCGUGCAGAUCGGCCACCGGCGUCUCGUGACGAACCCUAUCUUCAGCGCAGCAGGCCAGACGCCAAACGACGUGCACAAGUUCGACCGCUUCCUGCACCCCGGACGGACUGCCAUCGCGACGUUCAUCGGGCCCAUGACAUGGGGAUCCGUGCCUGUGCUCGUAUUCCGGCGACAAUCCACCGCUGUUAAUAAUGAUGAUGACGACGGGACAGCCCCUCCACAGCUCGUGGACGCUUCUUCGAACACCCCUCCAGCUUCCACACUGCGGCUCAUCGGCACGGCAACGACCCUUCCGCCCAGCUCGGCGCGCGUGGUCGCCAAACGCAUCAUCCUCACGGGCCAUCCGUGCAAGAUCCACAAAAAGCUAGUCACGAUCCGGUACAUGUUCUUCAACCGCGAGGACGUGCUGUGGUUCGCGGCCCUGCCGCUGUUUACGAGACGGGGGCGGCAAGGGUUCAUCAAGGAGCCGCUAGGCACGCACGGGUAUUUCAAGGCGACGUUCGACGGCAAGAUCAAUCCGCUUGAUGCCGUGGGGGUCAGUCUUUACAAGCGCGUGUGGCCUAGACGCUCGACGGCGUGGGAGGAAGAGUGA